UGGCUAUCAUCUUGAAACUUGUAAUUAUAAUAAAUUUGAUUGUAAUUAUUACAAAGAUGAAUUACCCAAAAAUGAAGAUGACAAAACUUUUACUGAACGUGUUAAUAAUGCAUUGGAAAAAAUGUUAAAAGAAUGCACUUUUGAAAACGGAUAUGAAUUUUUGGAUGAAGAUAAAAAAGCUUCACAAUUGCCGCCAUUUAAGUCUUGGAAAUGGCUCAAAAAUGGAUCAAAAAGAAUCAAAACAGUCAUAAAAACAUUAGCUUUGUUACCCGAAAAAGUAGCUCCCGAAGUAUUUUUAGGAAAAAUUGACAAAAAAAUUACAAACUAUUUGGUAGUUGUUGCUGAAAAUGAAACAAUUGGUAAAAUUCAUCAACGAAUUACAGGACAAUGGGCUGAUGUUUUAAAUGGUUCUGUUAGUAAAUUUGUUGAAUUUGAAUCUGAGAAAAAUAUUGGAAUUGGAAACGGAGAAAUGUACAAAAAACUUCGACUUGUUAGAAGUAAUGAUAUUAAACACUUGAAAUUGGAAUUAGAUGAUCCUUAUAAAGGAUUUGAUCUUUUUUUCCCUAAAAAGAAAUGAGAGUAAAAGUAAAGAUUUUAAAAAAUAUGUUCUUAUAGAAAAUUUUUUUUCUAAAAAUAUUCAUGAAAUUCUGAAUUGUAACGUCGAUUAUUGAAGUUACUCCAAUGCAAUUUUGAAAAAUUCAAAAUAAGUUUUGAUUUUUAGAGAUUGCAAAUUUUUUUAAAUUAUUAAUUUCUAAAUUAUCUUCAUACCUUUUUAUGAUAAGACUGGGAUUUUAAUCACGAAAAAAUUUAAUGUAAAAUAGUCGUCAAAAAUAGUAACUAAAAAUCCCAAAUAGUCAAAAAAAAAAAUAGAGAAAAACAUAGUUGGAGAUGAAAAUAAUUACUGAUGAGAAUAAUACCAAACAAUCUAUAAAAAGACUAAAAUAGUCUGGAAUGACCAUAAUAA